AUGGAAAUGGACUUGGAGAUAUCGCCACAUGCCGGGAGAUCAGAGGUUCAAAGUCAAGUUCCUACUUCGCCCCACUUUCAAAACCCCAUGCAAUACCUUCAUGGCGCAUGCAGCCACUGCUACCGCGAUGAUGAUUGUUUGGCUCAGAGAGAAAUGGCGAUUAGGGCUUCUUAUUGUGAUCGUUUGAUAGAGAUGGAGACGGUAGAAUUUCCGGUUGGUACGGUGGAGGAGGCCUAUAUUCGUGGUGUACACGAUGGACGGAUCAAUGCCCUAUCUCAAUCAUUUGAGGAUUGUGGAGUACGGCCAGGGGAGCAUAACAGCAGUUCUAUCGUUGAUGAUAUCGACGAAAUUUUAAGGAAGUUGACAAACAUGGGACUUGGCACUGCUAAAUCCAACGAGGAUAACAAGAUUGAUGAAAUUGUCCGUGAUUUCAACGAUCAGAUGAUGUUAGAAGACGACGAACUGAAGUACGAAGUUUAUUGGCACUUGGCAUACAUGGAAGGAACGAAAGAUGGUUCCUACAUGCAAGCACAGAUUGAAUACAAAGCACUUACGAUGGACGAUCCGGAACGAAGUGAAAUGCUCAGGAGAGCUGUGCUGUGA